AAAUGAAUUUUCUUUCCCCACAGUCAAACUCCAACUCUCAGCUGCUCUUCCUCUCCUCCGUCGUUCUAAUUGCCUCCUCCAGCAAAAACACCAGCUUCCAGUUGCAUCACCCCCUCUGAUCGGCGGCGCCUCUGCCAACCACCUCUCCAUCUCCGGGGCUUCUAUUCUGGGUGCUUGACGACAGUGUAUAGCGUCUUUUCCUCAAGAAACAUUUCUUGGUGUAUUCUCGGGGAGAUAUUAUCGGUUUGUUAUUGCAAAUGACUGCAGGAGUUUGUACUUGGCGUCCUUCCAUGUUGUAGAGGAGUGAUGGCAAGCAAGGCUGUGAAAACCGUGGCAAAGGCAGCGACUGAAUACCAAUAUCCUUGGCAGGAGAAGUUAGUGAAGUACAGGGAUGAGUUUGCGAAAGGUGUUUGGGGUUACUGGGAACUCGGUGCAUGGAAGCCUUUGGGAAUAAGUGCUCGACGUCGUGCAAGGAUCCGCAAAGAAGUCCUACUUGCCGAACAAGACUGGCCAUAUGACCCAGCAAGAAAAGAGAUGAGAACAAAAAGGAAAGGACACAAGGUUGACAGAAUUGCAGCAGAGAAACGUGCUCAUACUGCUGAAUUGAUGAAGAAGAUGCCACAAAUGUUGCUGGAUUACAAGAAGCGUAGAUGGGAGAAGAAGAUGAAGGAUGAGGAUUCCAAGAAGUAAUAAUAUCUUCUUUUCAUCUUAAUAUUUCUCUCUCCUUUAGCGAAGGUUCCUAGACUUCAAGUUGCUUAAAUUAUUUCUGUAUUUCGAAGGUUCCUAGACUUUUCAAGUGGCUAGAAAGAGGAAGGACUAUAAAUAAUAGUUAUAACCAUAAAA